AUGCCAUUAAACUAUUUUUGUUUAUUAGCGAUAACUAAGACUCAAUGUUGGAGUGUUUACCGUAAACGAAGUUAUGAAGUAAUACUUGUAAUUAAUAAAAAUUGUGCACCAGAUGGUCACCAUUCACCAACUCUCAAGCUUUCUUCCUUAUUUUCUCAAAGAAAUGUUGUUAACUUUAUUUUAUUUACCGAAGUGAAGCUGAAAUCUAUUAGAGUGAAGUGCGUUGAGCAAUCAUGUUAA